CACCUAUCGAUUACCUUCUGACUUGACUUUUUUAAUAAAUUGACAAUUAAUAAAUUAAAAGAUUUUAAAUAAUAAUGUCGCUAAAUUAUGAAGAAAUGAGUUGGUCAGAUGUGCGGGAUCAGUUUAGAAAGUGGCGUGAGGAGUCUGGACGUCACAGCGAGGAUGUGGUUCAACUGUGGGUAGCCGUCCUCGAGGACAAAGUCCACAAAACAGGCAACGAAAGACAUUUGAUACUCGAGCAGGUGAUUGUUGCUGCACUGGACACCGCACGCUUUGACAUUGCCACCAAUUGCACCAAGCAGCUGAGUGCCGAGUUCCCAGGUAGCUUGCGUGUGAUGAAAUUCAAGGCGAUGCGCUUGGAAGCACUUGAGCAGUACGACGCCGCCAACGAAGUAUUAGAUGCCAUAAUUGAAAAGGAUGAGACAAAUGCGGCGCCGCGCAAAAGGAAAAUAGCUAUAAUGAAAGCUCGCGGACUUCGUUUGGAUGCAAUUAAGGAACUUAAUGCAUAUCUCAAAAAAUUCAUGUCGGAUCAGGAAGCAUGGCAAGAGCUCUGCAACUUAUACUUGGCCGAGGGUGAGUUCGGCAAGGCAGCCUUUUGUAUGGAGGAGGUAUUGCUUCACAAUCCCCACAGUCAUCUAAUACAUCAGCGACUUGCGGACAUCCGAUACACCAUGGGCGGCGUUGAAAAUAUUGAAAUAGCGCGCACGUAUUACUCGCAGGCCAUUAAGCUCAAUCCGCACAACUUGCGAGCACUUUAUGGUUUGUUCUUGUGCUGCAGCUAUCUGGCAAACUCUAAAGCAGUUAGCUUGAAGCGUAAGGAGUCUCAAAAACUGGCACAAUGGGCAUUGGAGCAGGCUAUGGAGCAUACCGCAAGGCAUUCACCUAUCGAUAAUAAUGACAAGUGGAUUGCAUCAUUGGAUUCAGCUUUUGGCAAUCUGGAGAUCAAGUCAAACUAAUCGAUAGCUUCUGCCGAUCGGAUUAGCAUAGGUGCAAUACCCGACAGAACGUAAAUUAUUCCAAAUAUGCUUAAAAGUGACGAAUACUUUUUGAAGCACCUACCACUAACAUAUAUACAUAAAAAAUA